AUUUCUUCAGACUUUGCUGACCAUAGUCGGCGUGUGAAUGUGGCGGAUUCCUAUAUCCUGCCAUUGAACACAAAGGGGUGUAUUUUACAGGGACCGGGAUUCGCCUCUUGUUACGCCUAGCUUACUUUGCUUUUUCGUCAGCAAGCCUGUUCAGCUUGGCAGCUUCCGACUUCUAUGUUACCACUACACCAUCACAGUCUCAUGUGAAGACGAGAAUUGGGCAACUCUCUCCACAUAUAUAUGGAUUUUGAUUAAUUCGCAGAGCCCAAAGCGGAGUACACCGCUGUUUCAUGUUCGCGUUGAGGUUCUCAUUCGUUCGGAGAAGAAUGUCAGAUACACCUGGCUUCAUACCAUUUGAACAUGUCUGCUGAGUCAACGCUCGAGGAUGACCCGACGUAUAGUCAUUUUGCCCAUCGGGAGGAGUUUCUCAAGCUGCUGUCCGAACUGCUUGCCAGACAGCUCGACAUCGACCCGAGUGCAGCUCAGGAUGCAGAGGAGAUCAAGCUAGUCGAAGCUCUUAGUUCCAUUCUGGACUACUAUCUUCCUCAACCUGGCCUGCUGGAUCCCUCCCUUGGCGAGAUCGUGCCACCCCUCAUGAAUGCUCUGGCGUCUGCCGUGACGAUCUUGACUAAAGAGCAACCUGGCACUCUCUCAAGAAAGAGACUUGGCCGGCUUGGCAAGGUGGUCAACUGGAUAAUCAAAGUCAGGGGAUGGAAAAGCAUUGUGCCAUAUUUUCCUUCAACGAUAACGCUGCUUCCAGCUCUCGUGCAAAUCUUAUCCCCUUCCUCCGUUCCCAGCAGCUCAUCAUCACCACCAUCCCUCCAGCACCCACUCGUAUCUGGCGAAGACGUAUGGGAACUACGUGCCGUCAUCUUACUGUGGCUCUCCUUGCUCCUCACCGUUCCUUUCGACUUGUCGGCACUCGGCGAGUCUUCGGCUCCUCUUCCUGGCGCAACACAGGUCGAUCUCAGCGCGUUCAAAGUAUUGUUCUCGAACACUGUCUCGGAUACGGCUCGUGACAUCACCCUGCUCACUUUACCUCUUCUGCAUCGACCUGGCAAAGAAGGCUCUUACGCCGCCCUUGCGCUCGCUCGCUUGUUCGCUCGAUCGGACGGAGUCAUCGGGCUUUCUGGCUUCCUAAGCUGGGCAGGAAAGGAGCUUGAAGAAGGUGAACGGGAAUCGGAAGCCAACUUUGUGGCAUCUCUGUUGGAAUUCUUGGCUGUACUGCCGGCAUCUGUACCUCAUCAACAUCUCACAGACAUACAACUGUUCACGGACUCUAUCCUCUUGCCGCAUCUACGGGGCAGCAGGACGGCAGCGAGUAGUGGUCUUGUCCGUAAACUGGCCGUCAAGGCCAAAGGAAGAUGGUGGCUGGCUGUCCUGUCUAACCAGAAAGAUGGUGGGAGAAGUCUCCUUGAUGGCCUGGAGGACCAGCUUGGCGAUCUGCUGGGGUCAUUAAGUGACAAGGACACAAUAGUCCGGUACUCGAGCGCCAAGUACCUCGCCCGUAUGACCGCUCUGUUGCCAGACUCGCUAGGACAGCAGAUGGUGGACGCCACGAUCCAAUGCUUUUCGGGUACAGACGAGGAGCCAGUCGUGGAGACUGCGUACGGAGUGGUUGUCGAUCCAGGCGGCACAGAUGCUACAGAGGGUACGAUGGGGCUGGGAGGACUCGAAUUAACACGAGGGGAGGCGAGAUGGCAUGGAUGCUGUCUUGCGAUUGCUGAGAUGGCGCGAAGGGCGCUGAUCCGUGUUCAAGCUGUCCAGCAGGUAGUUCAGUGGGCUCUCAAGGCCUUAAUGUUUGAUUUGCGAAAAGCUGGUCACUCUGUUGGAGCGAAUGUUCGAGAUGCAGCGGCUUAUCUGGUCUGGUCACUGUCCAGAGCUUGUACACCAGCUGCCAUCCAGCCUUAUGCUGAAGAACUAGCGACUCGUCUUAUUUGUGUCGCAUGCUUUGAUCGUGAAGUUGGUGUCAGACGUGCUGCUAGUGCUGCCUUCCAAGAGGGAGUCGGACGAUUGGCAUUGUACCCAGAAGGUAUAGAAGUCCUCAGGCAUACCGACUUUUACUCCGUCAGCGUCAGGCGGAUGGCCUUUCGUGACGCCGCUCCGCAGGUUGCUAGGCAUGAAGUGUAUCGGAGAGCCAUGAUCAACCACCUACACGAAGUCACAAUCCGACACUGGGAUGCUGCUGUUCAGACACUGGCGUCAGAGGCUCUGAGGGAGAUGCUUGGGCUGUCUGAUUCAAGAGCUCUGAUCACAUCGAUCCGCCGAGAGCUGGAGGUGUUAUCUCAUUUGGACGCCAUCAGUGUCCGGGGAGCUGUAUUUGCCUUGGCGCAGAUCUGUCUACUGCUUCGCGCAAACGACGUGCUUCGCGAAGAGAUCGUUACGACCAUUUCUAAGAUCCGUCCGGCGGUUCUAGUGUCUUCACAAGCUUCGGACAUUCUCCAGGGCAUCGCAAGCCUCAUCAAGGGAUGUCUAUCCCCUGAUUGCUGUGAUUCUGCGACAAUCAGGCAUAUCUACCUCAAGUUCAGGGACGGGAACAUACGCCGCAAAGAACCAGAGUGCCACUUUGCCGCUGCUUCUCUUGUCGCACGAUACAGCGAGCUUAGGGACGUCUCAGAUGAAGUGCAUACCUUCCUCGCAUUGCUGGCUUCUGGCACUGCAGCUCAGCGCCAAGCCUCUGCCUUGUGUCUUGGAGCUGUUUCGUACAGGCUGUCAGCUAGCUCUCUGCCAGCCGCACUCGAGGGGCUCCUGCGCCAGCUUGAGCCCAGUCAGAAGGCGGACGUUGAGACCCGCAGAUCAGCUGUAUCCGCCCUAGCCCGGGUCUGUUGUCAAGUUUCAAUCGACUCCCAGCGCCUCACGCCUCUUAAACUGUUCCAGAGAAGUCAUGCUGCCUGUAUUUCAGCUUUGAGCGACUAUGCGACCGACCAGCGCGGAGAUGUUGGGUCCUGGGUUCGAGUAGCUGGAAUAGCUUCUCUCGGACAAUUAAUGAGCUUCGUUGGCAGCCUACCUGACCCGCUACAUCUUGUGGAUCAGGAAUCUUUCGAUCUCACGAUAGCGUGCCUCGCGAAGCAAGGUGCUGAAAAGCUUGAGCCCGUUCGUGCGGAAGUGUGGCGGUCUGUACACAAAUUGAGAGUCGCAAAUGCUGCGUACACUUGGCAAUGGGACGCUCCUAAUGUUUGGGACCUGCCCAUGCACGACUUGAGUGAUGAAUCGUUCCGUUACAUCAGACUCGAUGAGUGGUACUUGUCAGCGAUGCCUCUAUUGGCCACCAAAUAUCGAUCUUCCUUCGUUUUCGGGCUACUUCAGAGCAUUGGGUCCCAAAUGACUACCACGGCAGAUAUAAUUCUGCAAAUUCUGGAUGGGUAUCUCCAGACACAUCGUGAUCGGGAAGGCAUUCUUCGAGGCAUCUUGCAAGACAUUGAGAGGGAGAUGACGGAAAAUUUCACCUCCAACAGAAUCUUCAUUCCUGCCACCGUUGCGGCGGGCAAGCUGCUCACUACCGUCUUCAAUGCGAACGAUUCGUCCUCCGAGCUGACUGCGACCGUGUCCAAUAUCCUAAUCACUGCAAGCAAGGGACUCGCGACCAUCAAAUCCGUUGACCGCAUCACUGCCGUCAUGUCGCUUGUCAUGGUGACCAUCAAACGUCCUGGACCUCAAUUACGAAAGCAAGCGAUCACGAUCAUUCCCCGCUUGCUGAGCCACCGAUUUCCAAGGGUCAGAUCACUGACGGCUGAGAAACUCUAUCUCGCCUUGACAGAGGAUGGUGAUGAUGUGGAUCCAGAGCUUGAAGACUUGCUUUUGGGCGUUGCAUGGGCCACUGAGGAUGUCGAUGAAGACCGACUCAAGAUGGUUUCAGAUCUCUUGUACCAGCAAUUGGUCCAGGCUUGAAUCUUGCGGGAAAACACGACGGAGAUUCAACACGCCGGUUUAAU